GAGAUAGACAAGAGAGAGGAGAGAGAGAUAGUGGGGGGGUAAUGGAGAAAAGGAGGCAGCUUUAACAUCCUCAUUCUGGGCCCUUUAGCGGACUGUAACUGGGUCGGGCGGCCUGCUAAACUGGGCUUUGACUUUCUGUUAGCUGAGGAUGGUCAUGUGAAGAAUAACAAGCAACAAAAAACUGUUCUCUGUGUUCCUACCUCUGACAAUCGUCUGUAUAUCAAAGUGCUCGAUGGCUGUCACGCAGGCUGCGCUCCCUUCCUUCAGCUCCUUCUCCAGCCUCGCUCAGUCCAGCGACAAUGUGAAAGUGUGGAAGUCAGAGGGCGGCUCUCUCCCUCUGGACUCUCUCAGCAGCAAACUGUCACCCAGCGGCUCUGAACAGCUACAGGUCUCACAGCAAAUAACUGAGGAGCUCCUGGGUGAUGACAGCAGAGCAUCCUGGGACAUUGAGUUCCUGCUGUCUGAAUGGAGCAGUCCAUCUCCCGACCUCGACCCCUCUCUGGAUAACAAGGAUCAGGGACCAUCACAGUCAGACCCUCACACAGAGUACCAUGAGCAACCAGCACAGGAGCAUGUGCAGGUGAACACAGGCUGCCUGAUGGAGCUCCUGCCCCCUGCUGAGACCUUCCCCUCCGUCCAGCCGGAGCUGUAUCACCAUGGUUACAACGGCGACCAAUCGGGUCGGUUUCAUAGUCUACCUAACGUAGAUCAGUUCGGCUUCCCUCAGGGAGGCAGUGUGGAGAGGCACAGCAGAGGAAAUAAGGUCUCAUCCUGGGACUUUAACCCUUAUUACCCCCAGCAGCACCCCUCCAUGGUGCCCCUCCCCGACAGAGGGUUCAUCCCACAUCAAGCCGUGACCCCUGACCCUCGACACUACAGCUACAUGCCACACUUUAACCACAACCUCUUCUGUGACUACACCCACGGCCAGGCCUCCAGUCACCUGGCUCUCCACCAGCAGACCCUGCUGAUGGGCCCCCAGCUGCCCCCUUGUGGGGAGGAGGUGAAGCGCUGUCGAAGGGCUGCGGGGAAAAAGAGGCCUGCCGUCCACUGCUGCAACUACCCCAACUGCAGCAAGACCUACACCAAGAGCUCACACCUCAAGGCUCACCUGCGCACACACACAGGGGAAAAGCCGUACCAGUGUUCCUGGGAAGGCUGCAGCUGGAAAUUUGCCCGCUCAGACGAGCUGACGCGUCACUACCGCAAGCACACGGGACAAAAACCCUACGAGUGCCUGCUGUGUCAGAGGGCCUUCUCCCGCUCCGACCACCUGGCUCUGCACAUGAAGAGACACAUCUGAUGCUCACACACACACAGAAAUGAACAGGAAUCAUUUUUGAUAUUGGUUAUUUGUUCAAGUUUUUUUCUAUGACCCAAAUCAGUACACUGAUCAGCAGAAUUUGGGCGUCAGCGACCUAAGAAAUCAACUGAAAAUGUUCGAAAUAUUACCUUGAAAUCUGCACUUGAUCAUCUGGCAUCAUAGUGAACUCACAGUGAUAAUUAAGGCAUAAAUAAUACAACACUUUGGAGUAGAUUAAGACUUUCUCAGUAAGAUGUUAGGACUCAAAUGUAAAAAGAGAUUAGGUUGUUCUCUCUUUGACCUAAAUCAAAAUAGCAAUAAAGUUAUAAAAUCAGUAUUCUUUAUAAGAGCCAGUUAGAUGAACACUGUACACUGUGGGCAUGUAUACAGAAAACAUUAACACUAACAAAACACCGACCUACAAAAAUAAAUAUAUAUUUAUUUGUGUGUACUACGGAUUAUAAAACAUUACACAGUUGUAGUAUCUCAUGGCACGCUGAACAGAGUCAUGACUGCUUAAUGCUUCGCUGUAUUUCUGCUUUUAUGAUAUCUUAGUCUGAUUUCCAUUUAGAGGUUUAGUUAAUAGUAAUCCUGCUUGUAAUUCAUACAAAACCAGACCAUAAAACAUAUUUUAAACUAUGUGAUGACAGUAAAUGGAGAGCUAUGCAUUUUUGUCGCCUUCCUUUAUGUUUGUCUGUUUGGGGAUUAUUAAUUUAAAAAGAACAUAUGCUUUUGUCUCUCGCAUCAAGCAGCAUUUAAAACUGUAAAUAACCUGCAUUUUUCGCUCAGUUGUUUAUUUUCAUCUAAAAUUAAAAGCAACAUAUUUAUUUACAUAAUCUUUUUUUAUCAACAGAAAAUAUAUUAUUGUACAGUGUUUUCUAUCCUCAAAAGAGUGCUUUAAGGUCUUUUCAUUGUUGUUUUCAUUUUCAAAAUUCUAAUAAAGACCACUAAUGCUGUCUCUACAUUUGA